AUAUAUAUAGAGAAUAAUAUAGAACUAAAAUAUUUAGACACAAAGGGGUCGGAGCGUGACUGUCAAAUCUACAUAUUCUCUCUCUUUAUCCUUUUUCUCUAAAAACCCUCUCACAUAAUUCAGAAAAACUCUCUGUUUGGUUCCUGAGAUUCGAUUUAAUCGGCGAUCUUUUCCCGCUGGUCCUGGGGAAUCCCUCGUCUUCCUUCUUUCAAUCUGUGUCUCCUUCUCAGAAAAUAAUGCUCCAGAUUUUCAAGGACUGGAUUUGAUUUGAUAGAACUCUGACUCAGAAAGUGAGGGGAAAAAAUGGAGGGUGACACAUUCUCAGGGCUUGGCAAUGGUACUCAGAUAGAUAGCAAGGUGGUGCAGACAUUUGAGAAGAGCUUUGUUCAGGUUCAGAAUAUCUUGGACCAAAAUAGGUUGCUGAUCAAUGAGAUAAACCAGAAUCAUGAGUCCAAGAUCCCUGACAACUUGAGCAGAAAUGUUGGUCUAAUUAGGGAGCUCAACAACAACAUAAGAAGAGUGGUUGACCUCUAUGCUGAUCUUUCAAGUUCCUUGACCAGAUCCAUGGAUGCCUCGUCUGAGGGGGAUUCGAGUGGUGCUAUGAAAUCAGAUGGCAAAGCUGGUCACAAAAGAAACAGGCCUGCUUGAUUUAACAAGAGAGAAAAGUUGGGGUUUUUUUGUUUAGUCAUUCUUUUGCAAGGUGGCCAAUGAAGAAACUUUUUACAGCUUUGUUGAGGUAGCAGAAAAUGGUCAGAUUCUGCAACUACCCCCUUGUAUUAGUGAUGAACUGUCUUUAGUUCUCAAACUUAUUGCUCACAUUUGUUAGAGAAAAUAAUCAGUCUAAAUUUCUUCUAUUGCAUUGUAACUCCGUGUAUCCCUGGAUCUAAUUGAAAUGAAGCAUGUGAGUGUUCAUUUUUA